UUACAUAAAAUCUGAUUCAGUCUCUAUCUUACGUACUCACCACCUCCAUAUCCUACCCGCCAAAACCUCACCCUCUCCCUUGUACAACUUUGGGAAAUUUCUCGUAUUAGUUUUGUGACUCUGAAGCCAUUUAUUUUUCUGGGUUCUUCUUCUUUUAAUUCAUGAAAGACAGAGAAAAAAAAAAUCACCACCAACUUUGCAUGAAUGAAGAGUGAGUAAGGAUUUUGGAUAUAUAUAUAUCUUCUUUUUCGGUUGGUAUAGAAAAGUGAUCAUAUAUGGGAUCGUUAACAAAAGUUGGGAAUGGAAAUUUCGAUUACUCGUUUAAGAUACUUUUGAUUGGUGAUUCUGGUGUGGGAAAGAGUAGUAUUUUGCUCAGUUUCAUCUCCAACUGUGUUCAUCAUGACCUUUCACCUACUAUUGGUGUUGAUUUCAAGAUCAAAUUAUUAUCAGUCGGUGGGAAAAGAUUGAAGCUUACAAUUUGGGACACAGCGGGACAAGAGAGGUUUGGCACAGUAAUAAGCUCUUAUUACAGAGGUGCGCAUGGAAUAAUUCUUGUUUAUGAUGUCACAAGGCGAGAAACCUUCACAAACUUAUCGAAUACAUGGGCAAAGGAGGUAGAACUCUACUCCACUAAUCCGAAUUGCAUCAAAAUACUAGUUGGGAACAAAGUCGAUAAGGAUAAGGAAAGGGCAGUAAGUAGAGAAGAAGGGAUUGCUCUUGCUCAAGAGCACAAAAGUUUGUUUCUUGAAUGUAGUGCUAAAACAAGGGAGAAUGUUGAACAAUGCUUUAAAGAACUUGUGUUGAAGAUACUGGAAGUACCAAGUUUACUGGAAAAUGGAUCCGCAGUAGUUAAGAGACACACAAUGAAGCAGAAGCAAGCACACAGUUCAUCUCGAGGCGGUGGUGGUUGCUGCCUUAACUAAAUUGCUCAAACAACACCUUAGUAUACACAAAACUAGACCUCCUACAAUUGUAAAACAAGUUGCCUCUAAAAGUGGCAAAAUGGCUAUUGGUUUGGAAGAAUAUCUCUCCUUUUUCAGAGUGAGCCAGUCCAGAUGAUUGUUCUUCAAAAAGUCUUCUGGAUCAAUUUUCAGGACUUUCUUUUUACAAUUUGAGUACAUUUUGGGUCUAGUCACGUUUUUAGUCUGUACAUAUAUGUUUCUUUUGAUGGAUUUUAGUGUUGUAUAGGUUGUUUAAAAGAGUCGGUUAUUUAUUUUGCUUGUGAACCUUUGGGAGAAAAUUCAGGGGUGAAUAAAUCAAUACAACAAUGAUAUUGUAUUCCAUAAAUUUGGUAUGUACACAAGAUCUACAUCCAUACUGCAAUACAAUAAAUGUUUUCUUUACAA